GAUCUUCUUUUGAUAGGAAAGACGGGCACGGGAAAAAGCGCUCUGGGGAAUACAAUUUUAGGGAAAAGGGCAUUUGAAAGUCAAGCAAAUACCAGCUCUAUAACUGAAACAGUACAGUACGAGUUUGGUGAGUUUGAAAAUCGCGUUAUUAAAGUUGUUGAUACGCCUGGCGUUGGAGACACCAACCGAGACAAAACGGAAGCAACAGAGCAUCUUUUAGAAGCAAUGAAGCACGCUAUAGUAAAUAAUCCUGAGGGUUAUCAUGCAUUUCUUAUAGUUUUGAAAUUUGGCGAAAGGUUUGCAUCUCAAGACACUGACACAAUCAAAACGCUGAAAGCCAUUUUUGGUGAGAGUUUUCUUAAGGAUUUCGGCAUCCUAGUCAUGACGAAUGGAGACGGGUUUGAAAUAGAAAGUAAAGAAAAUCGUCAAACUUUUGAAGAAUGGUGUAGUGUACAACAUGGAGUAUUUCCAGAACUUUUGAAAGAAUGCGACAACAGAAUAGUAUUAUUUGAUAACAAGACGAAUGAGGAUGGCAAGAAAAAUAAUCAAAUAGCGACACUCAUAAGUUUGAUUGACAAUUUAAAAGCCAGUGGUCAGCGUUAUAGAAAUACAAUUUUUGACGAAGCUUAUGCUAGCCGCGAAAAGUUGCAAAUAGAGGCAAACAUACCAAUCAUAAAUGAAGAGUACAUGAAAGAAUAUAGUUUGAUUUUAAGCAAGUUAAGGAGCAUUGAUAUUUAUGGCAACGCCGAUGAAAACAUCGCUAAACUAAAAGAACUUUCUGAAAGAACUAACAAACUACAGAAUUACAUCUCAAAAGAAGACAAUGGUUCUGGCCUUCUCCAUGACAAGUUUAAAUUUAUCGAAUAUUUGCAAUUCAGCAUAAAUGAGAAAAUCAAUUAUUCUAAUUUUCAAAAGGGAAUAGAAUUAAAUAAACUUGGCUUAGAGGCAAAAAUAAAAAUGUGCGAAAAAGAUUUUAACAUCAAAAUACAAGCACUAGAGGAGAAUCACAUAAAACAAAGGAAAAUAGAAAACAAUAGAUUAGCACAGGAAAAAAUGAGA